CACAGCGCACUGCUCUCCUGGAGCACUCGAGUAAACUGCGCCUGCGCCGUGUAGACCCACGGUGUCGCCCCGCGCCUUCUGCAGCUGCACCUCACAGCUCUCUGCUCGGUUCUUCCUCCUGGCACAGCAUCACAUUUGUUCACCACAGAGCUGAGCUGUGCUGAGCUGAGCUGAGCCGAGCCGAGCCUCUUUUCCCUCGAGAGUUUAUGUCUCUGCAUGGACAGAUGUGUGCCUCGUCAGCUCUUGUCCUCCUGCUCAGCCAUUGUGGCUCCUCUUUGAAGGAUAUCGUUGAGGCUCCUGUGGCUGGGAAUUGCCUCGCUUGACCACAGCACCUGGAUUGCCUUGCUGCCACGAUGCUUGGAUUACAGGGAAACACUUCAUCCUCCAAAGUGUUCCGUUGUGUGGCUUGUUCAGCCACCUUCACUGGACUGGCCUCCUUGCUGGUACAUCAGGCAACACAUGCAAGUGCACUCUCCAAGGUCGCUUCCCCGCCCCCACAGCCAAACAUCAGUCCACAUGAAACACUGUUUGCAAAUGUGGACUCAUCCAGUGAGCACCCCAGUCCAACAACACUCUUGCCUGAGAGCCCUUCACCCUCUUUUUAUAUUUGUGAUUGUGGAGAGGAAUUUCAGGACUUCAGUCUCAUGCUGGAGCACAAGCGUUCACAUGUCUCUCAAAUUCAGCUGCUGCAGCCUCUGGAUAACAAUAUUGUUCUCUCAAGUAGAACAGGGUGUGAUCAAGUUUUCCCCAGCCAGCACGAAUCAUUCAGUCCAACCAUAACCCAGCCAGGUUUGGUCCUUAGUUGCCCCUCUACCUCAAGGUCCCCAGCUGUCGAACUGCCCACAUUAACAGACCAUAAAGCAGAUGUAAGCCUGCAGGAUGACAUUGCCAUAGUAACCACUUCUCAAAGCCAGUGCACACCACUCCAAGAUGACAGGGAGAAAAAACACGAUAACAUAUCAGCCACAGCAGGGCAAAUACCAGAGACUGUAAAAGACAUGCAUUUCCAGGACAAAAACAAUUCUGUGCUAAGCAGUAAACAGGGUGAAAGUUUGCCUAAAAAUAAUGCACUAAUGAAGAUGCUGGCAACGGCAUACAUGAAGCAGUUUCCACCUCUUCAGUCUCAAAAUCAAAAUGACCACACUGUCAUCCCCAAACAAGAAAUUGUCCCUAUUGAUAUAACACCAGGAGCAAAAACUGAGGUAUCAACCCCAACGAUCAACGAUCUCUCUAUUGCACAGUUGAGGCGACUGCUUGCAAAACCCGGUAUAAAGACAAAAGCUCCAUCCAUUAGCAGAAUACUUGAGUCCAGUAAGAAGAGGGUUGUCUCUCUUACUAAGACUUUCUCACCUGUUGUGGUUCUUGAAACCCGUCAAAAGCUUAUGGAUCCUAUGAGUAAUGGCACAUAUGGGAGGUAUCAAUGUGGCCGCUGUCGCAGGGUCUUUCAAAACUUAGACAGACUGACAGAGCAUCAUUUCUUGCACAAAAAAGAGAGGAUUAAAUGUUGUCGCAGAUGCAAACAGCUGAUCAUUGGGCGACUACCUUUACCUGACAAUCAUGUUUGCCCUCAGUUAGGAAACAGGACAAUACAGCCCUCAAGUUCUUUAAAAAACAAGUUACCGUUUGUGCAAAAAAUAGUGCCAUUCCAUAGGCUCAGCAACACAAAAAAAGUUUUCUUUUGCCCUUUGUGCAAGCACAGCUACGCACGGAGAUGGAACCUCAAAAUGCACAAGUGUCAAGGCACAGGUUCAGCCCUCCCUCUGCAAGCCAGUAGUCCCAUUCAGAGUAUGCCAGUACUGAGAUCAAACAGUGCAGGCAAAACAGAUACAGAAGUUAGUGCUGGAUCUAAUUUUGCCAAGAGUAUUGCUGUGGGCACUGAAGUCACUGGAUGUAUCAAGGUGGAAGUGACCUCUCCAAAUUCCGACCAGUCUGCAGGUUCACAGUUGGCAUGGACUCAUCCAGCAAAGAGCUUUUCACCAUUCUACCCCAAACACUCAAUGAUGGAACACCACAAAGAUACCUCUCUGUGUGGGAUUUCUCUCCAGCAAGAAGAGGAAAACAGCUGGGAUGCAGCAUCAGCACCAGCUGAGAAUGAAGACAGUAAUGAAGGGCAGUGGACGGUGCCCUUGGAUGAUGAAAUGGAGGUGCUUAGUUCUGGAGGGAAAGCUGGGGAAGACAGAGAGGUGAACACGUCGGUAUCAGUUGAACAUGUGGACACAACGCCUGUUAGCCUGCGCUAUUUUGUCAGAGAUGGUGUAAAACGUUACCCUUGUAACAGGUGUCAGAAAACCUACAGCCGGGCAUCUACAUUGAGGCGCCAUCUGCGGCUGUGUGGGUUCAGGCCCCGUGGACUUGGGACUGUAGCACAGAGUGGUAGUCAGGGUGCCAUUCCACUAAAUGCAAACAAUAUGAAGCCAAUGUUUGCUUGUUUUGUUUGUGGGAAGACCUUUAACCGCAAAGAUAACAUGAUGGUUCACAGUAAGAAAUGUCAGUUGCAUCGAGCGUUGAUAGACGUGGAUAGAGGGACUAUGCAGCAGAGUUUGUCAGGCAAUGCAACAGAUGGUCAAACCCAGGAGGAUGACGGAAGCAAUUGGGGUAUCAUGUCGCUGCCCUCUGUGCUUCCAAGGAGGGUGACGUGUGAGUGUGGGGUUGGAUUUACAUCUCCGAGGCUUCUCCUGGAGCAUCUGCAAAAACACGCCCAGGAAUCCUACACAUGUCCAACUUGUGGAGAGACCGUUAGCUCCUGGGCAGACUAUGAAGUUCACCUGCAGAUUCAUAUGCAUCCUCAUCACCAGCUGCUGAAGGGACUACAACCACAACGAUCACAGCCUCUAUUACUUCGAUUUCAGCAGCAGCCUCCUCAGCAGCAGCAACAGCCGCAGCCGCAGCCGCAGCCACAGCUGCCUCCUCAGUCAGUGCAUCAGCCUGCACAGAAGCAACCACACACACAGCAGCUUCCGAAUCCCAUAAAAAAGCAGCAGCGGAUUGUAUGCACGCGAUGUGGCAACACUUUUGCCACUCGCUGUUCCCUUCGAAGGCACAUAUCUUGGAAUCGAUGUAAAGGUGGGCGGGUCACAAAUCUACCCACAAAUCCACCAAAAACCUAUCACUGUUCUCACUGCAACUCUGAUUUCCCAAACACAAUCAGUCUUCUAUUUCACCAGAGGAGCGGAGCUUGCAAACCUGCCAUCAAACCUGUGCGUUGCCCUGUUUGUCUCCGCUGGUUUGGCACUGUGGACGGUUUACAGAAACACCUGCUCACUCACAAACAGUCUGAAUCAUAUCGCUGCGAUGUCUGUCAGGGUACUUACCCUAACCUUAAAUCACUCAAAAACCACCGCAGGAGGAUUCAUCGCAUCAUGGCUGGAGACGCAAAGCCACAAACACAAGAACAGCUGACUUCUUAAUGACACUGAAAAAUGUAUAACAUGGGAGUGGUGCAUUCUUAACAGAGAGCAUCUUGUUAUAGUUUGUUUUUUCCAUGUUUGACAGUUGUACUUUCUUAUGUUGUACGUACUUACUUUCCAGGAGACAUUGUACAGCUGUAUAAGGUGAUGUUUUUUUAAGCAACUCUUAGGGGUGUGUCAUAGUAGCUUGCCACUGUAAAAACAAAAGCUUUGAUAUAUUGUACAUUUUAGUUCUAUCAAGUUAACCCUCAUAUUACAUAGUGUCAUUAGCCUGUAAAUGUUUGACUAUUUGGUAAUUACACUUUUAUCACAGAGGUUGUGAUGUAGCUUGUUGGUGUUCCUGGUGUCAAUAAACAUACCAGUGCGUGAAACAUGUAUAUCAUUUUGUGUGAUAUUAGAUCUUAUAUCUUCCAUAAAGGCUUUAAGGGAAAAAGUGCAGCAUUAACACAAGAAGUUUUUUUAUAUAUACAUUGUGUACAAAGUGUGUUUUAACACGAAAACUAUCAUAUCUGUAGUAUCACAGUGACCCCAGGGUUUGUUUUUCAAACUUACUAACUGCAAUCAAUAAAGCCUGUAAUUUUUGUUUUA